AUGUUUCCCUCCUCCAAAAGACUCAGCGCAGUGCUUUCCAGCUUGCUCAUCCUUUCCUCCGAUGUCGCGUAUGGCGUUAAGCGCUACGAGAUUGUCAACAACUGCCCGCUCUCCGCGAACCUUUACAUCAAUCACGAUGCUCAAGGGACUCUGGCAGCAAAUGGUGGAACCGUGACUCGCGAGUACAGCGACGAAUGGGACGGCUACAUCUUCACAGACCUCAACCGAGGGAAUGCCAGGGACCGAGCAGGCACAAUCCGUGCGGGCUUCCUUAACCGAUUCGACUUUUAUUGGAUCUCAUAUGAUCAGAAAUGGCGGAACGUCGGAGUCAGCAUUCAGCCUGUCGACGCGGUUCAGGCCGACGGCUUUUGUCGUCCUUUGGAGUGUCUCGUAGACGCCUGUCCCCAAGGCGCACCAUACGAGCCCCAGAGGUUCCCUCUUCCUUAUGACCCCACCAACGGACCGCCACCAACCCCAAUUUAUGGGUGCCCAGCAACGACCUACAGAGUCACAUUCUGUCCCGACGGAGAGAUACCACACCUCCAGCAGGGACCCAACAACAUCCAUCCAGAGUCGUCGAUGGAAAAAUGCCUAGACGUCAGAGCCGACCUCUUCGAGAACGGUACACCCGUUCAAAUUAACAACUGCGAUGAUAGUCCAGGCCAGAAAUGGGAUAUCAAACGAGGAGGCCAGCAGAUCAGGCUCUAUGGAACGAACUUCUGCCUCGACGCCGGGUCCUCAAGUCCAGAAGAAGGAGCUCAGGUAACAAUCCAGCAAUGCUCCGAAGGAUCUCCUUCCCAGCAGUGGGACUACGGCACCGACGACAGGAUCUCUUUGCCUUCCUCAGGUAAGCGCAUCUCCACGUUAUUGGGCAAAUAA